GAUGGUAAUAGCGAAUGGUAGUUAUACUUAGGAAAAUGUUUUAUUGCUCCAAGGUGGAAUGCUAACAAAAAUCAUAGGUAAAAUCGAUAACUGUCCAAAAGACAGCAGCAGCAGUACAUUAACUUGUAACAUGUAAUGACUGGCGUGUCCACGCGCGAGCCUCGUUAUGGACAGAAUUGUGAAAUCCUGUAAAGAAGGAGGGGUUCGUGUAAAACAAUCCCUCUCGAUUGUCUCUUAAUUUUAUCAAGGUUGACAAUGGGGAAGCUUAAUGUAUUUGCCAUUUCUCUUCCAAACCAAUAUGCAGUUUAUCACGCAGGAGAAGUCGUACAGGGCCAUGUCCUAGUGGAGUUAAAUGAGCCGAUGAAAAUGAGAGGUGUCCGUAUUGAAUUGAAAGGCUUUGCGUAUGUUCAUUGGACUGAACAACAUACUACACAUACUGGAAAAUCCUCUCAUACAACCACCAGGCAUUACUCUGCUACUGAAAAUUACUUUCAUCACAUUAUUACUUUGUUUGGUAAAGGUCCUAACGAUCGUGGAGAUGACCCUACUCUACCAGCAGGUAGUCACACUUUUCCAUUUAGUUUUCAACUUCCUCAUGGUUUGCCAUCAUCCUUUGAGGGAGACUGGGGUCACGUGCGCUACAGCAUGCUUGGGACCAUUGACAAACCCUGGAAAUUUGACCAUCAUACCAAAAGAGCCUUCACUGUCCUCAGUGUUCUGGAUUUGAACACAAGACCAGACGCUGCUAUGGGUAUGGAGGGACAAAACUCAAAGACCCUGUGCUGCCUGUGUUGUGCCAGCGGCCCUAUUACUGCAAAGAUAAGUAUACCUAAGAAGGGCUAUGUGCCUGGAGAGACAAUUCAUGUCACUGCAGAAGUGAACAACCACAGCAGUAGGAAAAUGGACAGGGUUAUGUUUGUUCUGAGACAGUCAAUUGCUUUCCAUGCAACCACCAAGACACGUUACAGUUCUAAAAAUGUAUUGAACAUUGUGAAGGGAGAGGUUGCACCAGGUGAUAGUGAAGCAUGGAGAAAUGAAACCAUCAUUAUUCCCCCUAUACCACCCUCAGAACUGGUGGGAUGCCGCAUCAUUGACAUCCAGUAUUAUAUGUGUAUUGUGGUGGAUCCCUCUGGGCCUGCAUUUGACCUGGAGGUCCCACUGGAAAUCUUAGUGGGCACUGUCCCACUUCGUACAACUUACCCUCAGUAUGGUUUUGGGGCAAACUAUAAUACAGUGUAUAGUUCAAAUCAACCUCCACCACCCUUGCCUGUACAGCCCUCUGCACCACCAACUGAUGCCGCUGUACCUCCUCCCCCAAGUUAUUCUGCUUGUGUUUUUGGAGCAGUGGACAUCAAGGAUGACGCAGAUAAUGAAUACACCAAGGGAGACUUACAAUACACACCAGUGUACACAUACUAUGAUAGAAUUUAAUAACUGACAUACCUGAAGGAGACAAUCUGACAUGAGCUUUUUCCACGGAAAAACUGAAUUCCGCGUUUUUUAAUUCAAUUCUAAUGGUUCCUGAUAUUUGCAAAGGUUAGGUGUUGGGAACCAUGAUAAAUUUUCAGAGUUUUUCUCUUUUUUUUUUUUUUUUUUUAAACCUAGGCUCAUGUCUGAUGUAUAUGGCUGGUAUGACUGGUGAUUGUGUUGACUGAAGUUAGCAUUGGACAUUGAGAUGGAUACAACAUUAUAAAAUAUAGGAUUUUCAUUUUGUAUAUGGGAAAAUUUUAAGAUAUAACCAAGAAUUUGAUCUGUUUACAUACAGACACUGUAUAAAGCUGUAUAUUUUUUAUCUUUGUGUCUGAUACAUCUGUCCUUCACCCUGUAAGUGCUACAUAGUAUUUUUGUUUUACUUCAAAUUUGCUGAGUUGCUUUGUUCAGUAAAAUUGUCACUAUUGGAUUGUUUUUGCAGAAAAUGACUAUUUUUUUGUAAAUAUUGUUGCAUGUUUUUUCCUAUUUAGUAAAAUAUUUAUGUAAAGAACAUCCCUAAGUUUAAUCUCUGCUUUUAAAUAUAUUUAUAUGACAGUUUUUGUAGUAUAUUUUUAAACUAUGUAGAAUAUCAUUUGAAUAUCACUUGACACUUUUUAAUAGCUUUGAAGCUCUGUGUGUAUGAGGAAGCAUUGUUGCAUGUAAAGUGACACAUAUCAUUCCUCGAGUCUUGGUAGGUUAAAGAAUUUUAGUUCUCCCCCUUUCAUUCCAGUUUAAAGGUAUAGGGUACCCUUUAUCAUCUACUGUAAUUACUCGAUAUCUUCAGUAGAAGAAAAUUGUUAAUUUUGUAGAUACUGCAUGUAUUUUUCAAGUCAAAAUUUCUUAAAUUGGAAAAUUUCUAUUAUUGAGUAGCAGCAACAUAAUUAAAAAGCAGACUACUCUAUAGUUUUAUUCUUUGCAGAAAGCACCACAAAUGCUAUAUAGAAAUAUAAUUUUUUCAUUAUAAAAUUAUGUAUCUGAAAGUUUGAUAAUUUUUUCCCAUCGAAAACUUUAAGUAAUUACCAUGAUAUUAUUUAAAUUUUUAAGGAGACUUAUGCAAAAAAAAUACCUCACUCUCAUUGCAUGUGAUUAUUUUGCUUUUAUCUUAAAUGAACUAAAUAGGUCUAUUUUUUAGGAGUAAUAUUUUUGAAAAUAUAUUUUGAGCUAUUUUGUUGAUUUCCUUGCAAAAGUGUGCAUAUUAUAAUAUACUUGGUAGGCUGUGUAUUGUUGUUAGUGUGUGUAUAUACACACAUAAAAAUGAUCUGACAGACUUUCUUUGUUAACAUUAUAUAACUGGGUAUGCAAGUCCUUCACUUUAGCAUGUUUACUACUAUACAGGGUGAACUGUUCGCACAAUAAAAUAUAACAAUGUAUUUCAAAUUGUCAAUCAGUCUUCAAUUUUACACCCCAAACUCAACAGCUGUGUUCACUUUUUAUCAAAUUGAGUACAUAUAUCAGAAAAUGUUCUCAAUUUUGUUUAUUUGAAUCAUGACUGGGUCACAGAACAUGUCUUUAAACUGGCAUCCUUUUUGCUGCUGCUUUGUGGUUUCUACCUAUUGCCUUGUAUCAGUUGUAUGAAUGAUGUUUC